AUGGCCGCCCCUGAACUUCCUGAUCCCGCUCUCCUGGAGCUUCUCCCUGCUGCUGAGAUAGAUACCUCUAACUCAAAGGCGAAACAGAAACAGAAGCACAAACGGAAAUCGAAAUUGAAACAGAAGUCAAGGGUGGUCAAUGGAUCCGAAUCCGAUAGUGAAGGGCCCAAGGCUACCCAACUAGGAUGGUAUAGUUCACGCUGGAAGAGUUUCCUCGAGGAUGCGAAGGUGGAGUGUCGUACCCAGCAGGCAUUGGAUAACCCUUUCCCGAGCCUUAUUCAUGAUCUGCCAGUCUCAAUCACAGAGUCGCUCUUAGCCUCUCUCGUUCAAUGGCUUAAAAAUGGCCAACAAGUUGAUGCUGGUGUGUGGCCCGCUUGUAAGCCUGACAUGGCGAGGCUGCUGUAUGAUGACUUGGCCACCUGGCGCUCUGACCUGAAGAAAAUCACGAUCUCCAUUGCCUCUUUGGCAUACAGUCUUUCCCCACCAGCUGAUAUCCCCGUUGAAGAAUGUGCAGCUUGGGUUGAAGCUGCUGCCGCAGAAUUACUGGAUGGUGGUAGAUUUCUGCGCUUUGGGCUAAAUGAAUUGGGGAAAACUAGGAAUUUUGCGCAUCCUGCGCUUCUUCAGGCCAUUGUCCUAUUUUUCUACACCGGAACUUAUCGUGUUGCUCGUAGACGACCAGCCAUUUUUCGGAAGGAAGUGCCGUUGAAAUGUUUAGCUCUUGUUUGCACAGUGGGCCUGAAGAAAAAUGGUAAUGGCAAGAGUUACUCAAAGUUCACUUCCAAGGAGUAUGAGUCGGUCUAUCAUUCAAUGCUUGCACUACUCGAUGAUGUCAUGAAAGACCCAUAUCAUGGGCCAAAGCUGGUCCAGCAGCUUCGUGAAUGGGCCAAGAUCGGAUGGGCGGAGGCAUCCAAACUCGAUGGCGUUGACAUGUCGAAACACCACCACUUGCGUGUCCAGCUUGAUUGA